AGCAUAAUGACAAGCACACAAUAACGGCGGGUAUCACGAUGGCGAGCACAACUGCGGGCACGAUAAUAGCGGUAACGGUAGAGGGACACCCAAGGCUGGCCUCUAUCUCCACUUGCUUGUCUGUAGAACCAUCGCGUCAAAACCGACGGAGACUAAUUUUAAGUCUAGUAUUAACUCUAUUGUACAGCAGCAGGUCGCGAAGCCAGCCCGAGCCUGCCUCUGACCAAGGAUCAGUGCAUCGAUUCUCUAUUGAAUUUUCGUAUGAUAAUCUCAAUUUCUCCUACCACAUCCGCGCCACUGGGGCUCUCAGUGGUUCUGGCGCAAAUACAGGGAAACCUGGUUAUAAGGGAAAAAAAAUUUGGUUCCCGAUUUACUACCCUUAUAAAGAGGUUACCCUUAUAACCAGUACCCUUAUAACCAGUACCCUUAUAACCAGUACCCUUAUAACCAGGUUUCCCUGUAUCAUCUUCGGCAACCUGUAUUCCGCUUACCUGCAUCCCUGAAGCACUCGCUGGCUUGGGGGCUUUACUGAUCCGCGCCAUCUUGUUCCUUGGCUCUGGCACCUCUCGGUACCUUCGCCCUAGUAAAUUGGCAUAGCGAAGGAGUUUCGCUCUCGUCGCGCUAACUCAGUCUGCGGUGUUUUCGUAUUGGCUCAUUGUACACGCACAGCCUCAUACGCCUUACUUGAAACAAUAAAUCCAGCGUUGCGUUUCGCGCUCCGCCUUAGAUCAAGAGAAAACGGUGUUAUUAUUUAA